UGUUGUUUUGUCUAGGAGCAGAAUGAUCACCACGGUGAACACUACAGACAAUAGAGACAUCCUGACCCUGUUGCUGGUGGGAAUACCUGGCCUAGAACAUGUCUACUCCUGGAUAUUUGCCUCAUUCUGCUUCCUCUACAUCAUUUCCUUCGUUGGGAACGGCAUCUUGUUCUUCAUCAUUAAGACAGAUGCGUCACUGCAGACACCUAUGUAUGACUUGGUGGCCAUGCUGGCGCUCACUGAUCUGGGUCUGUCCCUGGUGACCCUGCCUACGGUAUUAGGGGUGUUCGGUCUUAAGUCUCUUAAGCUUCCUGUGCCCUUCUGUCUGCUCCAAAUGUUUAUUAUCCAUGCGUUGUCCGUCAUGGAAUCUUCUAUCCUUCUAACCAUGGCCUAUGACAGGUUUGUGGCGAUCUGCAGUUCUCUCCGAUACUCAUCGCUCCUCACCAGACCCCUCAUAUGUAAGUUGGGGUUGCUCUCAGUUAUUAGAGGUGUGGCUGUAAUCUUGCCGAUCCCUUUGAUGCUGCACGCCUCCACUCUAUGUAAGAGUAACGUCCUGUCCCACGCAUUCUGUCUGCACCCUGACAUCAUGAGGCUCCUCUGCACCCAACUGUUGGCCAAUAAUAUUUACAGUAUAUUUGCCGUUUUAUCCACGAUGGGCCUGGAUGCUUUGCUUAUCACUUUGUCCUAUGUCCUCAUACUGAGAGCUGUGUGUGGCCUGAACUCAACAUCAGAGCGAUAUAAAGCCUUCCACCGUUGUGCAUGUCACAUCAGCGUUGUGCUCCUAUUCUACAUCCCCAUGAUCAGCUUGUCCAUGAUCCAUAGAUUUGGGAAUCACAAAAACAAUUUUAUACACGUCCCCUUGGCUUACUUGCAUUUCCUCUUACCACCGGCCAUAAAUCCAAUACUCUAUGGCGUGAAAACUAAACGCAUUUAUGAGUGCCUCAUGCAUAGACUAUGCUUUGUCCAGAUACACAAAGUCAACAAGCCUUAGAAAUUCCAGUAAUUGGUUCCAAUGGACUGUAUCGAGAUUUUUGCCAAUCUUCAGUCCAUCAAUUAUCUUCCAUCAACCAAUCCUGACGACUGGACCCUGGAACCCUGAUGAACAAUCAGAUGUACCCAGGAUUACACACAGUCCUCAAUUAUUAAGAUGAAAAGGUGUUGGAUAGAAGCC